CUUACCUUGGCCAAUGAUUAACUCAUAAUGCUAUAACCAGUCCUCGUACCUGGCUACGUCACACGACGGUUGUCUGUGUGUGGGGGGCAACAAAGGAGACGGGUUGACCCUGAAGGGUUGACAGCCGUGGAGAGUCUCCUUCGCUUGCUCGAGAGACAAGAGGAGGUAAAUCCCAUAUUACCGGCUGUUUACGUUUGGCAACAGAAGCAGUAAAUAAACCUCCGAGUGGAGUGCUCUCGAUCUGGAUUUUCGCAAUCAUCUCCCACUGCAUCGACUUCAAACCUACACGACCCAGGAGUUAUUAAUAACAGAUAUCGCCGACGCUGUUUUCGGUGUCAGUCCUUCCAGUGACCUACAUACGCAGUCACAACCGUCCCCGUCCCCCGUCAGGUAAAAUAUGGCGCUGGCUACGUACCUGCUCGCUGUGGUUACGGUUCAACUGCUUACAGUGUGGACGACUGUAAGACCAGAGACGGUAGGUGUCACCUGCGAGGCGGCAGACCAAUGUAAAGAAACGUUUGUGAAGGCUGCUUCAGAUGCCAACAACUACUUUGACAGAUAUUGCGAGUUGAUGGAGACGAAGAUCUGGUGUUACAGGAAUGUGAUCAACAGCUGCCCGGUGGAUACCCGUCCUUACGCUCAGUCUGAUUUGAACAGAGACACGCAAGAUUACAGGAUGAAAUGUUCUGCUCCCUUUGUGUCUCGAACAUCGUGGAUUGUGCUGUCUCUUGCCGUCCUGGCCGCCUUGUCCAGCAGACAUGUGUAGGCGAACUGAGCACAGCUCACGACUGAAGACCAUGGAUGUGAGCCUCACGUCAGCUGCGCCUCCAUUCCUAACCUGUGACCUGUCCUGGUGACAGAGAGAAUUCUGGGAUACUACAAGUGUUGUGAGGGACUUGCGAAAUGACAAGGGAUGGGUAACGAGGGGAUUAGGGUUUUCUAGUGGGCGAGGGAGAAUAAGGACUUGCGAUUUCAAACGAUAAA